AAAAAAAAGAAAGAUCUUUUGAGUUGACAAUCUCUCUCUCUUUCUCUCUCUCUCUCUCUCUCUCUCUCUCUCUCUCAUGCUUGUGGUUCUCUUUGAGAUAUGCUGAAACACAUGUUCUACACGUUCAAUGAGUCGUCAUUUCCUUCGCGACGUGCGUUCUCUUUCUACCCUUUCUGUCUCUAUUCACCGUUCCGCACAGGCCAAUCUCUUUCUCUGCAACAAGAGGAUCCAAGAACUCAGCCAAUUGGGACAUGUCGAAGAAGCUCGCCAACUGUUCGAUAGAAUGUCCGAAAGAGAUGCUGUUUCAUGGAACUCUAUGAUCACUGGGUACUCGCAAAACGGACGGUUAUACGAGGCACGAUUACUGUUUGACAAGUUUGCGGGCAAGAAUGUGAGGACUUGGACAACAUUGUUGAGUGGCUACGCCAAGCACGGAUGUGUCGAAGAAGCACAGACGUUGUUUGCGUCAAUGCCAGAGCGUAAUGUUGUUUCUUGGAAUGCUAUGAUAUCUGGGUGUGUGCAGAAUGGUGAUUUGGACAAUGCGAUAAGGUUGUUUGAUGAAAUGCCUGAGAGAAAUAUGGCAUCAUGGAAUUCGAUUAUUACUGGGUAUUGUCAUUGUUGCCGAAUGAAGGAAGCCCGGGAGCUUUUUGAUCUAAUGAAUGAGAAAAAUAUUGUUUCUUAUGCGGUUAUAAUUUCUGGGUAUGUUGAGAUCAGUGAAUAUCGAGAAGCAUGGGAUGUAUUUCUGAUGAUGCAUAAGAGUGGGUUGACAGGGGACCAAUCAAUAUUUGUUGUUGUGUUGUCAGCGAUUUCAGGUUUGGAUGAAUUGAUGUUGAUUGAGAGUCUAAGGACACUUGUGCUUAAAACAGGUUGUGAGGUGGAUGUGGUAGUGAACACGGCAAUCUUGAAUGCUUAUACGAGGAAUGGUUGUUUGGAUUCUGCAUUACGCUUCUUUGAGAUGAUGCCGACACGGAAUGAGUACUCAUGGACAACAAUGAUUGCGGCACUGUCCCAGUGUCAAAGAUUAGUUGAUGCAAUUGCAUUGUACAAGAGAGUUCCUGAACAGACUGUUGCGACUCAGACAACAAUGAUGGCAGUUUAUGCUCAAUAUGGGAGAAUUCAUGAAGCUAAGCUUUUGUUUGAGGGCAUUCAGAACCCUAAUGUAGUAACCUGGAAUGCCAUGGUUGCUGGAUAUGCACAGAAUGGAAUGCUUGAAGAAGCAAAAGAUAUAUUUGUGCGAAUGCCCUUAAGGAAUGCUGCUUCUUGGGCUGCAAUGAUUUCUGGGCUUGCGAAGAAUGGACAAAACAAGGAAGCUUUGCAGAUUUUUGCUGAGCUCCAUCAGUCAGGUGCUCUGCCAAGUCAUUCCAGCUUCACCAGUGCUCUCUUUGCUUGUGCCAACAUUGGAGCUGUUGAGAUUGGCAGACAGAUACACUCACUUGCUAUUAAAACAAGAUGUCAACUCAUUUCAUAUGUGGGAAAUGGUUUAAUAUCAAUGUAUGCAAAGUGUAAGAACAUGGAAGAUGUUUCUUGGGCCUUUAGUACAAUGAAAGUGAGGGAUGCUGUAUCUUGGAAUUCGCUCAUUACUAGUCUUUCUGAGAAUAACAUGCUGGAAGAUGCUCGUAACACUUUUGAAAAGAUGCCCAUACGGGAUGUUGUGUCUUGGACUUCCAUGAUUUCAGCUUACGAGCAAGCUGGGCAGGCCGAUGUUGCUCUGGUAUUAUUCAUUGACAUGUUAUCCACAGGAAUGAAACCAAAUCAAUUGACAGUCACUAGCCUUCUCAGUGCUUGUGCGAGUCUGGGCAUAACCAAGCUUGGCGAACUUAUCCAUGGCUUGAUAUUUAAACUUGGAUUUGAUUCAUGUUUAUUUGUUUGUAAUGCUCUGAUAACAAUGUAUUUUAAGUGUGGGUGUCCAGAUGGCCUUUCUGUGUUUGAAGAGAUGUCUGCUAGGGACAUUGUUACCUGGAAUGCAGUUUUGGCUGGAUGUGCGCAAAAUGGACUGGGUAAAAAAGCCAUAAAAAUUUUUGAACAAAUGGAGACUGAAGGGGUUUUGCCUGAUCAAAUCAGUUUUCUGGGAAUUUUAUGUGCUUGUAGCCAUGCAGGGCUAAUUGAUAAUGGAUGGAUCUAUUUUAAUUCCAUGAUCCAAGAUUAUGGUAUCACCCCACUGAUUCAUCACUAUACUUGUAUGGUUGAUCUUCUUGGUAGGGCUGGAUGGCUUUCUGAAGCUGAAGCUCUCAUUGAAAAGAUGCCUGAAAAACCAGAUAAUGUGAUUUGGGAAGCACUUCUUGCAGCUUGUAGGAUCCAUCGUAACAUAGAAGUUGGACAGAGAGUUGCUGAAAGGAUUUUUUAUAUUGGGACGAAGAAAUCUGGGACUUACAUAUUAUUGUCAAAUAUGUAUGCAUCCCAAGGCAUGUGGGACAAGGUAGAAGAAAUACGACAAUUGAUGAAAGGUAGGGGGGUGACCAAAGAACCAGCAGCAAGCUGGAUUCAGAUUAGAAACAAAUUACACUGUUUUGUAAUGGGAGACGAAACACACAAUCAGAUUGAAGAGAUCCACUUGGCACUGAAUGAGUUCUAUGGACUCUUUAGAGCUACAGGUUAUAUGCCAGACACAAACUUUGUUCUUCAUGAUUUAGAAGAGGAACGAAAGUAGAAUGAGCUUCUCUACCACAGUGAGAAGCUUGCUGUUUAUAGUAUUUUGACUACACCAAUUGGGGCACCUAUACAGAUUAUGAAGAACAUCUGAGUAUGUGGUGAUUGUCGCUCAUUUUUGAAAUUCAUGUCCAAGUUUACCCAGCAAAAGAUUACUGUUCGAGAUGGGAAUAGAUCCCAUCAUUUUCGUGAUGGCUUUUGGUCUCGUGGAGAUUAUUGGUGAGCCUGGAUUUUGGGUAGGAAUGUUCACUUUGUAUACUAUAGACUGGAUCAAGAAUCCUAGUGGAUAUGAUCAGAUGACAAAAUAUCUGAUCUAUAUUC